AUGGAUCCCUCACAUCCUGCUGCCCAGCAGCAACAUCAGUAUCCAUACCAGCAGCACUCCUCGCCCGCAGGACCGAGCACAAGCCGCACGUCCCCGCCUGCGCAACCCUACCUGCCACGCCAAGUCUUCUCUUCGCCCACGGAGAACCUCUAUCCCGCGUCGACCAUGGCCGCAGUGGAAGCUACACGGGCACGGUUCUUUGCGCAGCAGACCGGCAGUCGUUCUGCGCCACGCACGCGCCCCACACCGACCGGCUCAACGCGCGUCUCAUCGGAAAGCCGCAUUCGGACACACAAGCCGACGGGUCUCUCGUCGAGCACCUACCGUCAAUCGUUCUUCGAGCGGUGUCAGCGGGCGAUGUCGCAAUCGCGCUCCAUUGCGCGGGAGCAGCAGGUGUCGACGUUCCGCACCGGCACCGAUGCCUUCACUCGCGGGGUGCUCAGCGACGACAUGGACGUAGAAGACGACGACGAAUCGUUGGGCAUCCCCUCCUCACCCCCCGCAGACGACAGGGAGGAGGACGACGAAUUGACACGCAGACGCAUCCUCGCAGAAUACGCCCGGUUGAAACGCAUCUACGAGCUCAAGGGCCAGUUGGAGAUCGGCUGGAUCGAUCCGGACCAGUUGAGCUGGCUGGAGGAGCAGGUGCGGGUGCAGGAGGAGGACGUGGAUCCACACUGGGCAAUGGCCGAUGAGCAGCUCGAACAGCUCUGGUUGGAAUCCCAGUCGCAAGGUGGGAGUGGAGAUGUCGAGAUGCGGGAGGAUGAAUUUGAUGAUGAUCGCGAGUUUGAGGAGGCUUUGGCGAUGUUGCCUGUCUAG